CGUCGACGGGUUCUUCCACUUUUCACGCAUCGCAUCGCGGACAUGUCAACCGCAUCACAUGCCCUCCCAACUUAUUUCUCUAUAGUCACAUUUUCCUAGGUAUACUCACGACUACUAUCGCGACUAUAUGCGCCGGCAAACCCGCAACUUUUGCCGAUAAAUCAUCGCUUUCAAAUUACUUGGAACGUAAACAACCAGGUUCAUGGCCAGCCACACUUAAUUCGUUACACAUCUCAUCACCAUAGCCACUCUCUUCACUCACUCUUAGACUUCACUUCGUCUUGGCCCCAAUUCUUCACCCGGCUUUCAUCUCAAUUUUACGCCAUAAUUCUUAUUGAUUUGUUUCCGGCGCUAAGGAUAUUCAAUAAUGCAACCUCAAUAUCUGUAAUUCCUAAUUGGUUGCGUCCAAACUUGGUGCUUCCUAGGCAACUGCUCGGCAACACUCAUACCUGCUUAUUCUUUUUCUUUAGCAGGAGUUUGCCCGGCAAGGUUCCAUAGCCGUUCGGUCAUUCCUGUACAUUCUACUUGACUGCUCCAUCUCUAAAUCCGGGUACCACGGCACUGUGGUGGGCUGCGCCGAUGUUCUCCUUCAGAGAUGGCAACCAUCACCCCGUACAAACGCGAACUACCUUUCAUCCACCGAGCCUGGAAAACUGCCGUGGAUCGUCUAUCUCCAUACGGCAUGGGAAUCAAGUUAUCAUCAACAAACGGUGACAGCGUCGUUAAUGAUGAGCGUGGCUCUCGUGCUACCAAAAGACGUCGCAUAGUUGAAGACUCACCAGAGUCGACUCCAAAUGGCGCUGUUGGCCACUUAUUAUCUGAAAACUAUGACGACUUCGAGAAAGCCCUCCGCGUGGAAGUUCUCCAGAUUACCCACAAGGAAAGCUCUAAUUUCAGGUCCAGCAAUUUAUUGAAUGGCACGGGAUCUCCCGCAAAAAAGGAUACUCCGACAAUUCGUAUCCGUUGUAAGCUUAGCAUUUUCCGACUGCGUGGGUCAAAGGAAGUUCGCAUCCUCUAUUGCGAUAGCCAAAUAUGCAAUUUAAAGGUCUUUCGAGACGCAGACGAUAUCUGCCGGAGAGCUAGAAUAUAUCUCAAUUCGCCAUUUCAUAUCCCGGCGGAUAAAAUAUUCGUCGAGCGAGAUGAUGACAAUGGUUUUGAUCUGGAUGAUAACUAUCUGGUUCAAGCCGAGCUGGAGUCGGCUGGUGAUCCAUGUUGGCCACCCGUUGACCUACUACCCAAAGAAGAAACCCAGGGCAACAUUUCGAGCAACCCACGGCAUUGGGUUUUGACGUCUCAAGUCGUUUACAGGUUUGAAAAGCACCGGGCCUCGACACCUGUUAAGAUUAGGAAGAGAGUCGGUCAAGAAAUGGGGACUGAACUAAUGAUGGACAUGGAUCUGAGAUGGUCCACAUGUCAUAGAGCAGGUAGCACUACCGAAGUUGAGGUUUCACCUCCAGAGACCAGGGCGGCAUUUCCUAAUGGUGCUCUAGAGCCCUUAACAAACGGGCAUGUCAAUGGGAGGGCGGACAAUACAACAAAUGGCGUUUUGAAAGAUGAUCAGGAUGUCUUGGUAGAAGACGAUGAGGACCAUGAAGAGGCGGCAACCCCCAGUCGCUCACUAAGAACGAGGGGAAAGCAAAACUAUAAUCUCAAGCUGCUGAGUGACAAGGCACGAGGGAAAGAGCGUAAAGAACGCAAGCAACGUAAAUUGGCUGAGAAUAGAAGCCAAGCUGGGCAAGUUACGUGGGUACUCCCUCAAAACGGGGGAGUCGUACUAAAGAAUUUCCAAUGCAUACGAUGCUACGCUGCUCAUUCAUCCAUGAACCAGCUAGUAGAACAUGUUAAGGUUCAUUACCAGUUCAAGUAUGACUUUGAUAUAAGUUCCUCCCGCAUCUGGAUCUCUCAUCAUGGUCAAGAUACCCCGCGCCGGUCUGGCUCGUACAUGUUGGACGUUCAAAGCUCAGAGGGCCCCGAGAGCGACCUCGAAGAUAAUAUAUCCCUUCAUAGGACCCAUAACACCUUAACGCAGUCAAGGUCUUUGCAGACAUACCUCCCAGGUCGUCCGAAGGAUACAAGGCAACAAGUGCCAAAUAACAAACAGCCUAUGUACGAUCGUCUCAGUAAAGCGCUACUUGAACCAGGAUCUUUGGUCGAUCCGCCAGACAUCGACGAUACUUGGCUAGUACAAAAGCACCGAGACAUCAUUCGGGAUUACAGUGAUGUCCACCAAGAUGAGAAGGAAUAUAUUUCAGAAUGGGAUGCUUACGUAAAUAAAGAAUGCGUCACUUCGGAGCCUCAUUUACAAGACGUUUAUCUCAAAUUCGUCCAAGACAAGGCAUCGUGGCUAGUUGCGUCUCAGAGCCGCAUGACGGAAUUCUCAAAGCACCUAAGUUACCUAAAAGCAAGGAACUCUCUAGUUGAAUCAACUAUCGUUAAAGCGCUCGCAAUUAUGCGGCAAGCUAGGUCUCAGAAGCGGCCUGAGCAGCCUGAGACUACAAAACCACCCUCUCCGAGAACUCAGUAUCGCAAGUCAGCAUCAGGAUGUGCUAUCUGUGGUCAACCAAUCCGAGGGCCAUCCACACUAAUCUGUUCAAAUUUGGAUUGCGACAAACCCUUAUACCACAUCAAUUGCAUCCGAGGGCAUGUAAAGAUGCCCGUAGGGUGCCGCAACUGGCGUUGUAACGAUUGUUGCAGCAAUUAGGGAGCUCUAAGUGUGGAUGUUGUAACAUGUCCAGCCUACGUCUACUUCACGUUGGAAACCAGAAAUCACCUUCAUACGGGUGGUUAGAGACGGAUAGUUCGACUUGGAAAUCCUCACCCUAACUCCCGAGGGAAACGCAUGGGGCUCCUUAAUGAUAGGUGAUUUCAGAGCCUCAGUUGCGAUCAAUGUUGAAUAGGUGGCAACGAGGUAUCCGCAACUUCUCUGUAACCCAUACUACGUUUUUAGAGCCAUCUCUAUAGAGGGCUCAUCGAACAUAACAUACCUAUAACUGAUGGGGCAAUUUACUGCCAUAUGAAUCAAGGAAUUUAGUUAAUAA